AGGCAGAGCUGCUCCUCGUGAAAGGCGAAGCACAUGCCUCGUUAUUAUUUUCCCUCUCAUCAAAAGGCAAACCCUUCUAGCUCAUUGACGGGAAUCCAUCCCCCAUUAUCGCUGCGGCUCAGAAACGCACUGCGGUCAGACGGUCCCUUUUACCCACCACCCAAGAGCCGUCUCUUGUUUUUUGAAGCGGAGGUGGUUUGGACACCUUUUAAAAAUUUUCUCCCUUCGUUCUCCAUAGAUAGAUAACAUCGGUUACUUACGCGUUUGCGGCGUUUGUUUCGCAAAAAUGAUGUAUAUGAGUGAGUUCGAGGAUGGCAGGGAGGAGGCGCGGAAUGCGAGCUGCUGCACCGUGCCGAUGAGCCGGCUGACAAACGAGAUGAGCGAAAUCAAAGAGAUCGCGGAGGGCUCCUUCGGCGUGGUGACGUCCUACCGCCACGACUUCGACGCGAACGAGUACGCCGUGAAGCAGACGAAGCGCACCAUCUGCGGGGAGUCAAACUUGCAGCAGCAACUGCAGGAAAUGUACGCGCUCAGCUCCCUUCCGCACCGGCACAUCGUUCGCUACUUCGAUGGGUGGGUGGAGGACAGCGCGGUGUUCGUGCGCAUCGAAAAGCUGGACGUCUGCGUUGCCACCCUCCCGCGGCCUGUGAAGGAGAGCGUGCUGCGUGGCAUGCUGCAUCAGAUCGCAUCGGCCCUUUACGAGCUACACUCACACAACGUAGUGCACAUGGAUGUGAAGCCGGAGAACAUCUUGAAGCGGCAGCUGAACGAUGACGAGUACAUUUUCAAGCUGUGCGACUUCGGGCUCGCUCGCCCCAUCAACGCGAAGGAGAUGCCGACAGGGGAGAAGUUUGUUGGCCUGAACGACGAUGACGGUGACCGCCGCUAUAUGAGCCCAGAGCUGCUGACAAACUUGCACGACGUCGUCGGCACGCUGGCGGACAUCUACUCCCUGGGGAAGAGCUGCGAGGCCAUGAUGACGCACUCGCCAGAGGAAGGGGUGAGUGGCAACGGCGGCCAGCGGCAGGGCGAAGCCUACUCGACGUCGUUUGUUUCCCUCGUGCAGUCGAUGGUGGCGGAGGAUCCGCGGCGUCGGCCGACGGCGUUUGAGGUGGUGCAGGCGACGCUGCCGGAGCACCUCAAGGACAACGCAAAACUGCUGUCGAUGCAGCGGGAGAUUGAUGCGCUGCGCGCGCAACUCGCAGAGGAGGAGAGGUCGGAUAGCGAAGACAACCUCUCCAGAUGUGGAAAAACCGAGGAAAGAAGUCUCUGCAGCUUUUAG